UCCAGAUUCUCAUCAUCAUAAUUCAUACAUCACUCCAUUUAAACCCACAAUUCAAUUCACAAUAUCUUCCACAGACCCUUCUGAUCAAAUAAUAAGACAUAGUUUUCGAUUCGUACCUGAAACUUCCCAUCUCACCUGCCAUGGCUGCAACUUCUGGUGCUGUGCUUAAUGGGUUGGGCUCACCCUUCCUCCAUGGCGGAAGCAGAACUCAGACCUUGCUGGCUGGAGCCAGAGGCGGUGUCAAUGUCGUUGGCUCUCGCAAGCUUGUCAUCGUCGCCGCUGCUCAGCCCAAGAAGUCUUGGAUCCCUGCUGUUAAGGGCGGAGGCAACUUAGUCGACCCAGAAUGGCUAGAUGGCUCACUUCCAGGUGACUUCGGCUUCGACCCAUUAGGGUUGGGGAAGGACCCUGCAUUUCUGAAAUGGUACAGAGAGGCAGAGCUGAUCCACGGCCGGUGGGCAAUGGCAGCGGUGGUCGGAAUCUUCGUAGGCCAAGCCUGGAGUGGGAUCCCAUGGUUCGAAGCCGGAGCCGAUCCAGGCGCAAUUGCUCCAUUCUCCUUCGGAUCACUUCUCGGAACCCAGCUUCUACUAAUGGGAUGGGUGGAGAGCAAGCGGUGGGUGGAUUUCUUCAACCCAGAGUCUCAAUCGGUGGAAUGGGCGACGCCAUGGUCGAGGACGGCAGAGAACUUCGCAAACGCAACGGGAGAACAGGGUUAUCCCGGCGGAAAAUUCUUCGAUCCGUUGGGAUUUGCCGGAACUAUUAAAGAUGGGGUUUACAUUCCGGACACGGACAAAUUGGAGAGAUUGAAGUUGGCUGAGAUCAAGCAUGCUAGGAUCGCCAUGUUAGCGAUGCUCAUCUUCUACUUUGAAGCUGGACAGGGGAAGACGCCAUUGGGGGCUCUUGGAGUAUAAGGAAAAAUGUUGUUGAUUUUAAGGUAAAAUUGUUCAUAAUUUCACUAGAAAAAAAAAAUGGAGACACUGUGUUGAUUGCCAUUUCCAA